AUGGAGUCCGUAGUAAAGGAUUUGCAGGCACAAAUCCGCACUCUCAGUGCUCAAGUGGAUACUCAACUUCGCCAAUCUCAGGCGGAUUUUCAGAAGCAGUUGGAUGAAUUCAUGGUGAUACUCAAGAACACCCACUCGUCAUCGUCCAUCGAUGAUGCCUCCAAUACUUUUCCACACGGCCGCCCUCCUUUUGUUCGCCUUGACGUUCCCCGCUUUGAUGGCACUGAUCCAUACUCUUGGAUCUUUAAGAUCGAGGAAUAUUUUGGCUACCAUAACACUCCCGACGCUCAACGCCUUCAAAUUGUCUCUUUUCAUCUUGAUGGCAAGGCUUCUACUUGGUUUCAAUGGCUGAAAUCUCAACACAUGCUCUCUUCUUGGUCAGAUUUCUUGAACCGUGUCAAAUCUCGUUUUGGUGAUUCACAGUUUGACGAUCCCGAGGGUACGUUGGCUAAGCUCUCGCAACAAUGCUCUGUUGCAAAUUACCAAUCAACCUUUGAGUCCUUAAUGGGUCGCACUAAGGGUAUCUCGGAACCCCUACUUAUUUCAUUUUAUAUUUCAGGACUCAAGCCGUCGAUUCGUCGUGAUCUCCAAUUGAAUCGACCGCCUACAUUAGAUGAGACUUUUGCUUUGUCUCGAGUGUUUGAGAGCAAAUAUAUGGACUCCCAAACUGAUGCACGUACUUUUGCUCGCCCACUACCUCGCCCUACUUUACCAACAGCCGUGACGACCAAUUCCACCACUGCGGUCCCGCCAAUUCCUCCUCGGCCCUCUGCCGUUUCGUCGUCCCCUUCUCCUGUACGGUGCGACUCGCCCACCAUUCCUGUUCGGCGCCUCACUCCUGCAGAGACUCGUGAGAAGCGCGAACGAGGGUUGUGCUUCCAUUGUGAUCAGCGAUGGAAUCCAUCCCACCGCUGUAAGACUCCGAGCACGGUUUUGCUCCUCGCCGGUGAUGAUGCUACUUUCUCUCUUGAGGCUCAUGAUAUCUUAGACUCGCCUGACCAUCCUCUAGAUGAUGACAUCAUUUUGGGAGAUGUAUCCAGCCUUCACUCUCUCUCGGGCGCCGCUCAGCCCCGUUCUCUUCGCUUAUGGGGCAGCAUACAGACACAAAGGUUUCAGAUGAUUGAUUAUGGUAGCACUCAUAAUUUUAUCACCCCUAACCUUGCACAGCGCCUCAAGUCAUCGCUUACUGCCAUCCCAAAUUUUUGGGUGUAUAUUGGCAAUGGAGAUUUUAUUAUUUGCCAACAUAAAUGCAUGGCUGUUUCUAUUGAUCUUCAAGGGACUUCUUUCACCUGCGAAUUAUUUGUGUUGCCAAUCAAGGGACCUGAUAUUAUUCUUGGUAUUCAAUGGCUCCAAGAAUUAGGCCAAGUAAUUCAUGAUUAUCGGUGUGGUCAUAUGGAGUUUGAGUGGCAUGGCAAGCGGGUUAUUCUGGACGAUGAUAACUUUUUGACUUCUCAUCAAGUUAGUUUCUCCAUGUUGCAGUCACUUGUAAACUCUGGUGAGGUCGAGGUCGACACUAUUUAUGAAAUCUGGCAUAUUGGUCCACACCAGCGAGAACUCCAUCCAUUUGAUCUUCAAACCAUCCCACCAGCUUUCCACAAGGUCCUCACUGAAUUUACCGAUGUCUUUGAUGCCCCGCGCGGCCUUCCCCCACGUCGUUUGCUCGAACAUCGCAUUUAUCUUGCACCAGGCAGCAAACCGGUUAAUGUUCGGCCUUACCGCUAUCCUUAUUUUCAAAAAAAUGAAAUGGAACGGUUGGUUCGUGAGAUGUUGGAUCAGGGGAUUAUACGCCCGAGUCAAAGCCCGUUUUCCUCUCCCGUGCUUUUAGUCAAGAAGAAAGACGGCUCCUACCGUUUCUGUGUUGAUUAUCGUGCUCUCAACGCUGUCACUGUUAAGGAUAAAUUCCCUAUUUCUACAGUUGAUGAACUCCUUGAUGAACUUGGUCAGUCUACAGUAUUCUCUAAAUUGGAUCUACGUGCCGGUUUUCACCAAAUUCGUGUUCACGAUAAGGAUAUCUUUAAGACGGCGUUUCGCACUCAUGAUGGCCAUUUUGAGUUUCUUGUCAUGCCUUUCGGGCUUACUAAUGCCUCAUCCACAUUCCAAGCGACCAUGAACUUUAUUCUCAAGGAUUUCCUACGUCGCUUCUCCCAUUGUUUUUUUGUGAAAUUCUCCAAAUGUACUUCUGGCACGUCUUCGGUGGAUUACUUGGGUCAUAUUGUUAGCUCCGGCACAGUGCGCGCGGAUCCUGCCAAAAUAGAAGCAAUGCUAGCAUGGCCCAUCCCAUCUUCUGCCAAGAAACUUCAGGGCUUCCUCGGUUUAACCGACUACUAUCGCAAAUUUGUUCAGAACUAUGCUGCCAUCGCUUCUCCUCUCACCGAUCUCCUUUGUAAAGACAGUUUUGUGUGGUCCGAUAAUGCCUCAAUUGCUUUUCAUGCUCUCAAACAGGCGAUGGCCUCGACACCUAUCUUGCGUUUGCAUGAUUUUUCUAAAUAG